AUGAUUCAUCCGCUCGCCAUCCUCUCCGAGGCCGAGACGAACCUCGCCCGGGACGUCGUCAAGGCGGCACACCCGAACACAGUGAUCGAUUUCCGGGAGAUCUUCUUGCAAGAGCCGCCCAAGGCCCAGCUCCUGGAGUUCCUGGCCCUCGAACAUGCUGGUCGCCUGAGCCCAACCACGCCUCGACCGCCUCGUCUGGCACUCUGCCAAUACGACGUGAUUGGAUCCGACCGAAUUCCCCAGUUCCAUGAAUCGGUGGUCGACGUGGUGUCCCAAACCCGCGUGAAGCAUACCGUGGUUGGGAAACAACACCAUGCCAGCUUGACACUGAGCGAAUUCGAUGUUCUGGUUGAUCGCUGCAUGAGUUCACCCUUGUUCCAAGCCGCUCUGGCCGAGUUCAAGCUGCCAGAGGGAUUCGAAGUCGUGAUUGAGCCGUGGCCCUAUGGUGGCCUAGAUCACACCGACGAAAAUCGCCGCUACUUCCAGGGUCUCUGCUUCGCUCGCGAUACCCGGUCGGGCAACCCAGACUCGAACUUUUACUCCUUCCCUCUGCCCGUGAUCCCCGUCAUGGAUGCACACACACAAGAGAUCAUCCGAGUGGACAGGCCCGCGACGGGGGGCAAGAGUGACGGUCUGACGGAACAAACUUUCAAGGCGGAUAUCAUUGGGCAUUGCAAGCCUUCCGAAUACGUCCCCGAGCUUCUGCCGGAGGGAACUCGCAAGGACCUCAAGCCAUUGAAUGUGGUCCAGCCAGAGGGACCUUCCUUCCGCGUGACGAAUGAGUCCUUGGUGGAGUGGCAGAAAUGGCGCUUCCGUGUGGCGUUCAAUCCUCGCGAAGGUGCGACCAUCCAUGAUGUCUGGUAUGAUGGCCGCAGUGUGAUGCAUCGCCUGGCGAUCAGUGAAAUGACUGUCCCAUAUGCCGAUCCUCGACCGCCAUUCCAUCGCAAGCAGGCAUUUGAUUUCGGCGACGGUGGUGGUGGAAACAUGGCCAACAACCUUUCCCUGGGUUGUGACUGCCUGGGCGUGAUCAAAUACUUUGAUGCCGUGAUCACGCAAGCAGAUGGUACUGCCCAGAAGCUGCCCAAUGCCAUUUGUCUUCAUGAGCAAGAUAACGGCAUCGGCUGGAAGCACUCCAAUUGGCGUACGGGUCGCGCCGUGGUCACCCGUCACCGAGAGCUUGUGGUCCAGUUUAUCAUCACUCUGGCCAACUACGAAUACAUCUUUGCCUACAAGUUUGACCAAUCCGGUGGCAUCACUGUGGAGGCCAGAGCGACCGGUAUUCUCAAUGUGGUCAACAUCGAUGCCGGCAAGGUCAGCGAGUACGGCAACGUUGUGAGUGGUGGUGUCCUUGCACAAAAUCACCAGCACAUCUUCUGUGUACGCAUCGAUCCAGCCGUGGACGGCUCAAACAAUUCCGUCGUGGUCGAGGAGUCUCAUCCCGUCCCGAUGAAUGCCGUCACCAACCCACAUGGCAACUUCUACCAAGUCACCAAGACGACCAUUGAACGAGCCACCUACCUCGAUGCCGCACCCGAGCAUAACCGCACCAUCAAAAUGGUCAACCCUCACAAGACCAACCCCAUCAGUGGGAACCCGGUCGGGUAUAAAUUCAUCCCCUUGCCCACGCAGCUAUUGCUGGCGGAUCCCGAGUCUGUUCAAGCCCGUCGCGCCCAGUUUGCGCAACAUCAUGUCUGGGUGACCAAGUAUCAGGAUGGGGAGCUCUACGCCGGUGGACGCUACACCCUUCAAAGUCAGUAUGAAGUUGAUGGUGUCGCGGAUGCAGUCCGUCGAGGGGACGCGGUGGCAGACACAGACGUGGUCGUGUGGAACUCCUUUGGCAUCACUCAUAACCCACGCGUUGAGGAUUGGCCCGUCAUGCCUGUUGAAAUCUUUCAGCUGAUGAUCCGGCCCGCGGACUUCUUCGUGGCUAAUCCAUCCAUCGAUGUGCCAUCGAACAAGAAUGGCUCUUCACGGCUAGCGGAUUCGGAAUGUUGCCGGAAGGCGCAUAUCUAG